AUGUCAUGUAUAACUACUUUAGAUGAUUUCCUGAAUGGGAAGCCAGUAAUGGCUCAGCGGUCGUAUCCCUCUCCAGCAACUCAAUUUGACAUGGGAAGCGGUUAUGAUGAUUACACUUCAUUUUUGCACUUAAAAGUUGAACCUGUCAAUUCUUAUGAUGUUUCUGGAAAAGAUGAAGUGGUUUAUGAAAGGCGUGCUGCUGCCAGACCGACUUCUGCAAGAGGUUUUAAUGUUUACUAUGAUGCUGAUGUUGAAGGUGAGGAAAUAUUUAGGAAUUUCUUCUUUGGAGGAAUGGCCCAUGCUGCUAAUUUCUGUGGGUUUAGUUUUGUAGGGUCGGGGAUGGCUCAUAGACAACCUGCUGUUGAUAAUGGCUCUGACAGAUUCAAUGUCCGAGCUUUGAUUCAGGUGCUUCUUGUGCUUCUCGUUUUACUUAUUAACUUUUUGCCUUCACCAGAUCCUGUCUACACUCUUUCGCAAAACUAUCCCUUUGAACACUGGCUUACUACCCCUAAGGGCGUUAACUACUAUGUUAAGUCCACAAAGUUUGAACAAGAUUAUCCCUUGGAUAGCCGCGAGCGUCUUAUAAUUGAGGAAAGAGUUGAGAGAGAAUACUUUGGUAUUCUUCGCCAGAAUUGUCAGUUUGAGAUGCAGCGACGCCAGUGGAGAUAUAUCAGAGAAACACCUCACUGUGAUAUGUUUAGGAAGUUUGAUUCAGUUUGUUGA